UUGUUGUGCUUGAAUUUUACAUUGCAUUUUUAUAUAAAUGAGUUUUGUUAUUUUUUUUUUUUUUUAGAUCACGUUGUUGUAAUUUUCUAUUGUAUAAAUUAUUACGAGAGUUUUUACUAAUAAUAACCCCACUGGUUCAAACAAAAAGAGUUUUGGUUUCAGCUGUAAGCAAACAUUUGUGAUACUUUUUAUUGCAACGAAGCCCAAAACCUGCUUGUUUCGCAUUCAUCCAGCCUCUGCAAGAUUUAUGACUGUGAACCGGGCCCUCUGGCUCCAUCUGGCGGUAAAACGCGGUAAUGACGCUCAGGUGCACUUCCGGUCCUUCUGUCAAAGAGGAAGUUCAACCGACAGCCCCGUGUUUUUAAUUCAAGCCUAACCUUUCUGGUGCUGUAAUUCUGGGACGAUCACGGUGAUCGAGAUGACGAUGUCAACGUUCCAGAAAGUGACCCUGGCGACGUGCGCGCUGCUGUGCGUCGCUCUGCUGCUGCCCAAGAUCCUGUUAUCCAGAGGGAGGAAGGAUGCUACCGAGCGGCCGGAGGCUUUAGGGUAUUUCCCACCCAGAGUGCACCCUCAGAUGUCCCCGGAGGGCCGAGGUCAGAGGGCAGCGGGGCCCAGCUUCUCCAGAGCCCAUAAUUCAGAGACCGGAACCAAGACCAAAGGAGGAGGAGCAGGACCGGGACCUGGGGGAAAGUCCAACCUGGCAGGACAGAUCAUUCCUGUGUACGGCUUUGGAAUCUUACUCUACAUCCUCUACAUUCUCUUCAAGAUCACGUCUAAAGGAAGCAGCAAGCCACCAGAGAGCAAGUUUAUUCCCGUUCGCUCAGAGAACAUGAAGAGAAAGAUCACUGACUUUGAGCUGGCCCAGCUGCAAGAGAAGCUGAGAGAGACCGAGCUAGUGAUGGAAAACCUCGUCUCCAGCGCCCAUCACAGUCCUGACAGGGUGACGGGGGUGACUCCGGACCAGGAGCAGAGCCUGCUGCAGCAGCUGACAGAGAUAACCCGCGUGAUGCAGGAGGGACAGCUGGUGGACGGCUUCGCUCCAGAGAAAAUCCAGAACGACUGGAACGAUUAUCACGGAGACCAGCAUCAGUACUGGGAGCCCCCCCACUGCUGUUGUCAGCACCGUUCAGAAGCACAGGUGGAAGGAGACCACGCCCAGGAUGGAGGAGAGGACGACAAAGAGGCGAGCUCGGAGAAGGUUUCCACUCCAGCAGCAAACCAAACCCCGGCACAAGAGAGGGAAUUAACAAUGAGAGAGGAGAACUGCCACAAACCGGAAUGUGCUGAUCCUGGUAUCCCGGAGCAGGAGCUGGAGGAGGAGCUGGAGCUCAGGCUGAAGGUCACGUCCAUGAAGGAGCAGGAAAACUCAGAGAAACCACAGAAUACGACGGAUAGAUCCUGCAGCUCCAUCAGAAGGAGGAAUAAGAGGAGGACGAAGAAAGCAGCCCACUGACUGACUGACUAACUCAGACAUUCCUGUCAGUUUUUCAUUGUUAACAUGAAAAUUCCAGUAGAUUCGGAAUUUUCGUGUGAAUGGCUGAAAAGUUUCAGAUUUCAUGUUCAAGCGUCCCCGACGACGCCUCAGGGGGUAAAGGGUUAAAGCUGUAGCCGUGUUUCUGUUAGCAUGAAAAAAUGCUUGCAGUAAAAGUUUUUUUAAAGGGUUAAUCCAUUGACUGUAUAUGAGAACUGGACGGAGUGACCCCAAACAGGAAGUACCUGCCGACUCCAAGAAGCCAGAAUCCCAUAGACUUCUAUAGAGAAAUAAACAGCUGUUACUCAGUCAGAACAAUCAUUCUUGAUCUGAUACUUUUUUUUUUUUAUCGCAAAUUAGUCCAGUUACAGACUGACCAAUCAGAUGCCUCAGUAAUAGCAUGUGGUCUCACGUUGAAUGUUUGAUUCUUCCAAGCUCAUUUUCAAGUGGUAGGAGAGUUCCUUCCAACAGGCUCCCUCCUGAUUGGUGAGAUUGGUUACCAUAGAAAUGUGGACUCAGACUCAAACCAAUCACUGCUUACUGACGAGGUCUGGCUCCAACAUGGUCACCUUCAGAUCAUGAAAAAAUGAUGACAUCAUGACAUCAUAAUUUGGAGUUUAGCUAAUAUUUUAGCCUCAUGCUAGCUGUUUUGGCUAAAUUAGACAUUUUACCAUCUUUUUUGGCAAGUUGGUAUUGACCUAAUGUUUCAGCUACAUGGUAGGUGUUUAGGCUAAAUUAGGCUUUUUCUCCGUUUUUUAGGCUAUUUUGGAGUGCGGGUAGUAUUUCAGCUACAUGCUAGCUGUUUUGGCUAAUUUAGAAU